AUGUCACCGUACAGACUAGUAUUUGGGAAACCGUGUCACCUGCCAGUGGAGUUCGAGCACAAGGCUUUUUGGGCGAUAAAGCAAUGCAACAUGAACUUAGAAGAGACCGGUGCCCAACGAAAGUUGAAUUUACAAGAAUUGGAGGAGAUCCGGAACGAAACCUAUGAAAAUGCACUAAUUUACAAGGAGAGGAGUCGGGUAUUUCAUGACCAACAAAUCUCUAGAAAAACCUUUGAAGUUGGUCAGAAGGUCCUCCUGUACCAAUCCAGGCUUAAGCUCUUCCCAGUUGAAAUCCAGAGUGUUAAGACAGACAACAAGUUUGUGGUGAAUGGACACCGUCUCAAACAUUAUUACGAAAGUUUUUCAAGUGGAGAAGUGGAGACAAUAAGUCUAGACGCACCACCGUGUCCUAAUCAGUGA